CUUGCACUGAGGGAGAGGGGGAGGCCUAGGUCCGAGGCUGGAGCUGGAGCUGGAAGGGGAACAGUAGCCCCAGCGAAGGCAGUUCGGAGAAGGCUAUGGACCCCGCCGAGGCGGUGGUGCAGGAGAAGGCCCUCAAAUUCAUGCCCAGAAUACACAUGCCUAAAGAUGGAUUCCAGCUUACAUCUUCUGGAUACCAAGCAUGGCUAAAGCAGUGCUCUAUGCCCCGGUCUCUGUGGCUGGGCUGUUCCAGCCUGGCGGACAGCAUGCCCUCACUGCGAUGCCUGUAUAACCCAGGGACCGGCGCACUCACAGCUUUCCAGAAUUCCUCCGAGAGAGAAGAUUGUAACAACGAUGAACCCCCCAGGAAGAUCAUUCCAGAGAAGAAUGCACUUAGGCAGACCUACAACAGCUGUGCUAGACUGUGCUUAAACCAGGAAGCAGUAUGCUUAGGGAGCUCUGCUAUGAAGACUGAAAACUGUGUGGCCAAAACAAAACUUGCCAAUGGCACAUCAAGCAUGAUUGUGCCCAAGCAAAGGAAGCUAUCUGCAAGCUAUGAAAAGGAGAAGGAGCUGUGUAUCAAGUAUUUUGAACAGUGGUCAGAGUCCGAUCAAGUGGAAUUUGUGGAACAUCUCAUCUCCCAGAUGUGUCACUAUCAACACGGGCAUAUCAACUCAUACCUCAAACCUAUGCUGCAGAGAGACUUCAUCACAGCACUGCCAGCUCGAGGCCUGGAUCACAUUGCUGAGAAUAUCUUAUCAUACCUGGAUGCCAAGUCAUUGUGUGCUGUUGAACUGGUAUGUAAGGAGUGGUACCGGGUGACGUCAGACGGCAUGUUGUGGAAAAAGUUGAUUGAGAGAAUGGUCCGGACAGACUCACUGUGGAGAGGUUUGGCAGAACGGAGAGGAUGGGGGCAAUAUCUAUUUAAAAACAAGCCACUUGAUGGAAUAGUCCCACCAAACUCCUUCUACAGAGCACUUUAUCCCAAAAUUAUACAGGAUAUUGAGACAAUAGAAUCAAAUUGGCGGUGCGGAAGGCACAGCUUACAGCGAAUCCACUGCAGGAGUGAAACGAGCAAAGGAGUUUAUUGUUUACAAUAUGAUGAUCAGAAGAUAGUGAGUGGCCUCCGAGACAAUACCAUCAAGAUCUGGGACAAGAAUACGCUAGAAUGCAAGCGGAUUCUGACUGGGCACACAGGAUCAGUCCUUUGCCUCCAAUACGAUGAGCGAGUGAUUAUCACUGGAUCAUCAGAUUCUACAGUCAGAGUGUGGGAUGUGAAUACAGGUGAGAUGCUGAACACCCUGAUCCACCAUUGUGAAGCAGUUCUGCACCUGCGCUUUAAUAAUGGUAUGAUGGUGACUUGCUCCAAAGAUCGUUCCAUUGCUGUAUGGGACAUGGCCUCCCCAACGGACAUCACCCUUCGCAGAGUAUUGGUUGGACACAGAGCAGCUGUCAACGUGGUAGAUUUCGAUGACAAAUACAUUGUGUCAGCAUCAGGUGAUAGAACUAUAAAGGUAUGGAACACAAGUACCUGUGAGUUCGUCCGUACCUUAAAUGGCCACAAGCGAGGCAUUGCAUGUCUACAGUAUAGAGAUAGACUAGUAGUGAGUGGUUCAUCAGAUAAUACAAUCAGGUUAUGGGACAUUGAGUGUGGGGCUUGUUUGCGGGUCCUUGAAGGCCAUGAGGAGCUGGUGAGAUGCAUACGCUUCGAUAACAAGAGGAUAGUCAGCGGGGCCUAUGAUGGGAAAAUUAAAGUGUGGGAUCUGGUGGCUGCCCUAGACCCUCGGGCCCCCGCUGGAACACUCUGCCUACGCACUCUUGUGGAACAUUCUGGCAGAGUUUUCCGGCUCCAGUUUGAUGAGUUUCAGAUUGUCAGUAGUUCGCAUGAUGACACCAUUCUCAUCUGGGACUUCCUGAAUGAUCCAGCUACCCAAGCAGAAUCUACUCGCUCCCCCUCCAGAACGUAUACAUACAUCUCCAGAUAAAUAGCAUUACACUGUACCUCACACUUGCACAGGACUCAUUUAAGCUGCGAUAUUUAAAUUAUCUGCCAAUGCCAGGGCAAAAGAAUUAUCCACAUAACAGAUAUUCCUAAAGAGAGAGGCUCUCAGACAUACUUCUGGAACCAAGUUGGCAUGCGGUUGAUCUCAAUCAAGGUCUUCUCAGCACGGCUGACUGCUCAAGUGCUGCUAUAUCAGAAGAUUUCUUUUGUCUUUCAUGAAUGACUGAUGUGCUAAACUUCCCCCCUUUGCACACUGCCCCCUCUCCAAUUCCCCUCUGUUGUCCUGAGUGCACACAUUCUAUAAAUAUAUUUACCACGUUACCAAGAUUUCUUGCAUUGCUCUUAAGGAGAAAAAUCAUUGCCACCAUUCAUUUCAGCUGGGAAAAUCACCUUGUGUUUCAGGCGAAAGGGAACAGCAAACUGAUGCCUUAAUGUUUUGGGAUUUGUAUAAAGGGCAUCUCUGUUUAGCUGUAGAGUGGCCUAAGACUUUACGAAAGGGCCAACUUAAUGCCAAAUAAAGGCCCUGGUGGCCAGAAACUAGUUGGGAGGAAGUCAUAAGGAAGUCGAAACUAUUUCAUCCAGACCAUUUGGAAUAGUUCAUCUGUACAAGGUGUUGGUUUGGUGGAUACCAGUAAGUGAAAGCUUUCUUUUGCCAAAGCCCAAUAGUGCUUAAGAGCUGGAAGUUACUGGUGACAUUAAAUUCCUGAGAAUGUGAGACGUUCAUGGUUGCAGUGAGAAAUGGUUAUCAAAGGGGAGGCAGGGUGUUCUACAAAAAGGUAGGUUUCUCUAUCCUCCUACAAAGCACUGUGUGCUCAUUUUCCUUUCCUUUUGCCUCUCUCAAAUCCAAUAUAUUGCACCAAUACUCCUGAUGCCCAGCAUGAAAGCAAAGUUGGAAACCAUCCUGGGUGGUGCCUUCAUCAGCACUGAAUGAAUGACCUGGUAAUUCCGACUUUCCUGCUCACCUGUUUGUAUCUUUGUUUAUGGGCUGACACGUGAAUUAUUGUACUCAGUUACAAGGAUGAUUAUGGUGACUCCACAUCUCAGCCCAAAAGCUGCAAAAAAGAUAUAUAGGAGGGAAACCCGGGGGAAGGAUGGAGAGACAAGGGGAGUACAGUAGGAUGGAAAACUGUGUGUGUGGAGGAGCAUUGGUGUGGAGGAGCAUUGCCCAUUAUCAGAAACUAUGAGCAGCAAAUCUGUGGUACUAAGUACUCUCAUCACUUAUCUCCUAAAAUGAGGUUAGGAGUAAUGGGGGUGAUUCUUUUGGUUAAAAAAUUGUUUUAAAUUAAGAAACGAGAGUUUCAUUACAUGCUGCUAGGCAGGUAGGCUCCAUCUGUGUCCCGUCUUGUCUUUAUUCGUUUGGGAGUAGUUCCCCCAAUAGAAUCCAUGGCAAUGUUUGGCAAUUGCUACAGCAGGCUUGGGAGGCUGGAAAUUGUUGGGGACUUCGAGUAAGUGGGCAGCUGGUCCUGUCCAUGUGCUUCUCAGUACUGGUUCAAAAGAGAUGUCCCAUAUAGAGAAUUUCAACCUACUGGUGAGCCAGGAACAUAUUAUCACCAAAGGCAUAAAGUCAGGCAUUUUUUUCUCUGAAUGGAAAAUAUUCAUGCUGGUCUGAUUUUUAUUUUUAACUGUCAUGAUUAGGAAAUUCAGAGCUGCAGGUAGGAAUUUUAUUCUUACUGCUUGCUGCCCUUCAGUGAAUGGGAAAUUUUACCUUGCACACUACUUUGCAACUCCACGCAUAGCAAGAAUGGAAAUUAGAGAAACAGAAUUUUCCACAUAUCUUCUUUAUGAUUAAUGGCUCUCUGUCACCCUUAACAUUGCUUGAUCACUGUUCCCUUGAGUCCUGUGCCCACAAAGCUUGCAGUAUUGGCUGUGUACAUGGAACAAGACUGCAGAUCUGCUACAGCUGGAGUAUCACCAAGUUAUUCUCUUGCUUGCAAGUGGAACUCAGAGACCACAGUGUUUUCUUCCCUGAAUGCUACAGACCAUUGAUUAACAUUUUAUAAAAAUGUGUGUUUGGUGGUGACUCUGACAAGCACAUGUCUUUUGAUUGGCUAAGUUAUGUGGAGCUGGCGAUCAGAUAAGAGGCUGUCCCAUUGUUGGGGCAGCUGUUCUUUGGUUGUUGUUGCCUUGCCUUGCUGCUGUUAACAAACUGUUCGUAAGCACUGAACUACUUAAAAAAAACAUGGUAUCAAAGAAUGAAUUAUGGAGCAUAUUCUCAAGGGGAAAGUUACCAAGAUUUUACUAUAAGCCAUUUCAAAGGAAAAAGCUGGAAUAGUGCUGCUUCAAAACAAAGACCUUACUUCACUACCCACCUGAGUUGCAUGACCUUGAAGAAAAUGUUGAAAUUUACAGCCUUUAUUCUGUUCCAUCUCCAGCCGUUUGGGAGGGAUUUGAUCUUCGUCUGAAGAGGAACUGGUUCUAAAUCUUUAUCUGUGUAUAUGGAUUUUUUUCUGGGUAGGUAAUUCUGAAUCAAAUCUGAAGUCAAAGGAGAGAAAGAACAUUCGUGGUAGUGGUGGUUCUUUAAGGUUAGAGCCCUGGUCUCUUGCUUUGGAAUGAAAUGCUAACCUGGAGUUACUAAUUGCAAAAAAUAGCCUUGCCCAUCUUGCACUGUGGAGCAGAGAGUUCUUCAUACAGGUUUUCAAAGGAGGCAGAGCAGUGCAGUAGGACAGAUUCCUGUUAUAAGAAUGUGCAUGUUGAACAUCAGGACAGUUGGCUAAUUUAAAGAUAUGUCACAUAGGAAUCCUCCUACAGGAAUACAUGCUGAGUCACUUUUAGUGUACCUAUUUACGUUUCUAGGCAAGUGUGAAAGUUUUAUGACAAUUACAAGGCUUGUUUGUGAAUUCUAAGAUGGAGAAGAGAUCCAGCUGCUAAUUCCUCUAACUCUAGGGCAAAAUAAGAGGGCUACAUGUCUGUAUUUUUUCUCCCUGUUUCUGGGUUCCCGUAUAUAAUUCUGCCUGUUUGAGCCAAUAUGACUGGCAGGUACUUGACAUCUCUCAACGUGACUUUUGAGUCCUGGAGGUUUCCUCCCUCUAGACCAGACUCAGGCAUAUCUAGCAGUUAACAGUAUUACCAGGAGAAAUAACUGUGUAUUAUUUUAUGCUAUUAACCCAUUCCUUAGAGGAGAUGUUCUCUGCAAGAUCUGAAGAAUGUUCCGAAGUUUCCAUUACCUAUCCAGGUUGCAUGUCUCCUAUUCAGUGUAUCCCCUUCCUCUGAAGGAAGAGCUGGGAAAGUCCUUUUAGUGUAUAGCACUGUUGCCGUCUCCUCUAAGUGGCACGUGUGAUGCAGUGCUGAGUUGUGACCCAGUUUAUAUUUUUCCUCUUGGCCAAAUGGUUAUGUAAUUCCCUUUCCUGAAACAGAUCUCCAGAAAGCUUCCUAUUUCCCUGUUCUCCAGGUUUCACUUCUGGGUGUACCUCUCACAUGAAGUAGAUCCUACGUAUCCAGCCAGGAGUGGCUCAGCGUGGGCCACUUUGACCCAAGCAGCCUUCACACAAGCUAAAUGCUGCAUACUGAGAGCUGCACAUUCUGGAAGAAACAUGUCUCUGUUUGAAGUCGCUCUUGGUUCCCUUCCGAGCUAUAAUUUGGCUCUUGGAAUAAAGCACCAGUGUGGCUUAGCCUUUACAAAUCUCCCAAAUGGAAGCUGCAGUCAGUCACUGCUUCCAUCUGCUUCUUAAACUCAAGUUUCUUCUGGGCUUUGCAUUAUCAUUCAUAACGAGCAUCAUGUGGAAAGAUGUCCCCUGCCAUGCAACUUGUAACUGGGCUGUAGCUCAGUUGAAUUCAGGUUCUUUGAACUAGCAGUGAUCUUAUCAGGAUUUGUAAUUCUUAUUAGUGACUGUUCAUUGAGGUGAGGUUACAUAUGCUUAGGAUUUGGAGGGGCUUGGAGACGCAAGCACUGGAACAUUAUACUGGUCCAAUCCCCUCAAAAGUCACUAGUUCGUGAAUCUAAGAGGCACUGAAAACUCUUCUGUAAAAUUGACUUUCUAGAUACAAGUAAGUUUCUUUCUGCAAUACUGCACAGCUUUUCUGGAGAAGCUAUGGAUGGUCCAUUUUUUUCUAAGCCUGUUUGUGUGCAUAGAAAACAAAUUCAGUGCUCAAAUACAGAUCAAUAAAAUGUACACAGAUUUUCUUAAUUUGUAUCAAUUUGCAUGCUUUGUUCUGAACUUGAGUUUUUGCACAGUAUCAAUCUUUGAGUGAGGAAUGAUGGAGUAGCAAAGGUGCUGUAUGGGAGAAAAUGAAAUUAGGUGCUAUGAAGGCAGACUGCAGUAAACAGAAGCACCACCUUUUGACUGGAUAAUUUCGCAAUGUUGCCUGCAUGUUUUCAAAUGUAUUUAUACAAGGAAGAGGGCUGGUAAUUUUAUUUUAUUUUUUAAAAUAAGGAGGCUAACGUCCUUAGAAACCCAAUACACACAAGUAUUUGUGCACACAAACCUGCAGAAAACAUGAUGACCUAAGCAGAUGGUUUGUUAGAAGAAGGCAGAAAGUCUUAAAUGCAUCUUUUCUGUUUUAAAGGUGUCACUUUGUAAACCCUACCAGCUACCUUUACUGGCAUGCAAAGAGCUCUCCUUAGUUCUAUGGAACGAAAUGAAUGAUUGUGAACUUUUACUUACUAGAUGAGUUGUGGUUGAGUAGAGAAAGGACCAGGAAGGCCUGGUCCACACAACAUAGAAUGAUGCUUUGCAUGAAUGUUGCUCAGAAUAUAAUAAUGGGCCAUUCUAAAGAUGAAAAAAAAUGUAACACGUUUGGAAAGAAUGCAGCUUCAUCCAAAAUCUUGCAAAUGAGAAUUUUUGCACCUGGUGACAAAUUUCCCUAAUAUAAUGACAUGUUGCUCUUUGAAAGUAUCUUGUGUACCCAGCAGCCCAAUACACAUCUUAUUGCAACUGCAGGAAACUCAGAGAAUUGUGGGCAUGGAAGGUUAUUAAAUAAGCAUAUGAUCUCUGAAAUUUUAUUUGUAACUGCUCUCUCCGUUCUCUAGGUCUUUAAAGUAAAUGAGUGCUUUGAAAUUUUUGUGAUUACGUUCUGGUGAUGUGUAGCUGAUGUACUAAUGUUCACUUGAGCUAGGAACAUGGUAACAAGUGUGGUUUUUUAUAAUUUUAUUUUAACUGUUCAGAAGAUAACUUAAA